AUGACAGUAUGCAAGGAUCAAAUGGUGGUUGAUAUCGGGGGAAGUGUUGGUAAGAUCUUCGAAUUUCCUUUUGGGGAGUGGAUGAGGGCAAUUUCAGAAAGUCUCCAUGACCGCAGGGGUCCGAUCGAAGUGAAGGAGCGGGAAGGACAAACGGAGAGCAGAGCAGCCAACGGGAGCGCCGGAUUUGCGUUCGUCUUUUCACUUACACAGUUCGUCCGCUCCAAAAGUCAUCUUAUAGGUCUCGCCAAAGCACGUGUUCCGGAAUGGCAGUCCCGGCCUCUUGGAGCCAUUUUUAGAGCCUAUCUUAGUCUCGGCGGGAUGCUCCUCUGCGACCUCACAGCACUCGACGCCCGCCUACUGAGGCCUCGCGACUCGUUCAGGACACAGCGAAUCCUCUCUCCCAGUCUGCUCGCCUGCACGCGCCUUCUCAGACCACUCUUGUGCUUGCGCCUCAGCCUCCGAGAAUGUCUGCUUGCAAAGCUUGAGCAGCGCCUCAACUGCAUGCUUGCGGGAAUACUUCUUCGGUCCCUCCACGACCACGCCAUCGUAUUCCUUCCACUCAAUAGACCUCACUCUACCUUGUGUGUCUCGAAGCAGAGUUCCUUCCUGGUAUUCUUGGUCUCGAAUAAUGAAGUCGGUGCCAGGAGGCAGAUCAGUCCGAUCGCUAGAACUUUCUUGAAGGCGCAUGCUGUUCCUGCUUGGCCGCGAUGGUCUUCGUGGUUGGCUCUCAAGAUGAUGCUGCCAUACGAAAUCAAAAUUUGCAAUGGAGCCCCAACACACACCUAG